AUGGCUGUUAAAAUAACGAAGGAGGAUGAGCUUUUGCUUGAGAUGUAUAGUCGCGCAGCCUCUAAGAAAUCCGACCACUUGAUUUAUGGAAACGCAAUUCUUAUUUCCCUUAUUCCAAUAUGGCUGUUUUGGCGUAUCCAUGGGCUUGCACUCGUGGCUAACUCCAUACUCUAUGUGAUCGUGUCAACUGCUUGCGCAUUCCUCAUGUCAUAUGCAUAUACCGGCGCAAAAGCGCCUCUUAUGGAACGGUUUGUCCUUAUGCUUGAUAUUGUAUAUGUCGCAGCCAAAAGGAGUGAGAGCAUAAGUAAGGAGCUUGCGGCAGAAACAGGGAAGGAUAAAAAGCUUACUCGCAAGGAACGUGACGAUGCAGUCCGUGAAAGAACAAGAGAAGUUGCGGACUACGAAUCGACAACAUAUUCCAUCUUCUUCAACAAUUGCGUGUACCUGCUGAUCCUCCUGGCGUCAUCAAUGGUGCUGCAACACUUUUCAGCACAU